AUGACGGAUUCGCGAUCGUCUGAUCCCGCAUUCCCCAACGGCGGCAAGGGAGAGGCAGAUGCCCCCGCCCCGCCAGGUCAGAUACUGACGGGCAAGCAAGAGCACUACCUCAAACGAGAGCUUAUCGCGCGUCAAGUCCGCGACGAAAUCUCCGAGUUAAACUCCCCCACCGCACUCCAACGCUUCGGUGCCCCCUUUCGUUCGGAAUUCGGCGAGGUUGCGCCUGUCGACUCAGAGCUGCCCAUCUUGCGCUAUAUCUUUGUUCAUCACGUUCGGAAUUUCCCAUUCCUUGACAAGGCGCGCGAAAAGGAAUUUUGGCAGGAUAAGCUUCAAGUCUUUCUAGAAUCAUUUGCCAACAAGCAUGUCUCGUCCUCGGAGGAUCGACUGGAGGAAACAAAGCGUCGCAAGUUGGCGAGGAAAUGUGAGAAACUCGUGGAGCUCAUGAUGGUUUCUGGUGUACCCACCGCCUCAGGGUAUGAGGAGCGCAUUCAGUUCUCGGAGAUGGAGGUCGUUGAGCGUGGUGCUCAAGACUCGGGACUUUUGGUCAACAUCCCCGAGGGGAACUCCAUCAACGGUUGGGAUGUGAAUGUGGCUGCUGUUCGGACUACCUCUGUGAAGAGAACAGUGCGAUAUCACUCACACGCGGAGUUCAUUAUUCGAGUCAGCCGUGACGGCAAGGAUGAACACCACGUUGGGAGAAGAUAUGGCGAGUUCGUCAAGCUUCAAAAGAGACUCAGCACUGAAAUGCCAGGCAAACACCUUCCCCCUCUCCCGCGCAAGAAUAAAACUUCUAGCACAAGUUGGUGGGGCUCCACGGCAGAUGAUGAUGCCUCCUCCCUUUCCUCGCUGUCUACACAGGGCACCAAUGUCCCAGAUGAUCGGCUAUCCGUGCCAUCCGCCUCAAAAAGUAUCCGGCGAUCAACCUCUAAAUCCUCCAUGCGAUCGAAUAAGUCACCACGGGCAUCGACCAGUGAUGUAUCGCGUCAGACUGUUCUGUAUCGAGAGGAACAACGCCUGUCACUGCGCGCCUUUUUGAGAACGGUCCUGCAAAAUAAGCGCAUUGCAGAGUCCAAGGCCAUGGAAGAAUUCUUGACCGCACGACCAGUGAAACUGAACGAGGAGGAAUUGGUUGAUGUUCAGAGACGGAAAGACAUGGAUGCCGUGAGAAUCGAGGAGCAGAAGAGAUUUUACGAGAUCGCCAGGCAGCGAGCUGCUGAAUUGGAUGUGUACAUGGAGCGUUUCCGACGGGAUAUUGUGGAAAGCAAUGGAUUGACAAAGCUUUUCGCCGAGAUUCGCGAGAAGCCCUCGAUCCCUGACCUCAGUCCGCAAUAUCAGAAGUUUGCCGAAUGGCUUCGCAUCGAGGUUGCUGCAACGUUGUAUCACCUCUUCCUUGCCGAGGAUAAUUCACCCGAGUUGUUCGCACAGGCGAAAAGAAUCCACGGUCUUGUACCUUACACGCUGAUGAAGAACGUGAUCCGUAUCGCUAACCCUGCUGCGGUCAUGUCUGGAGUCCUCGAUCUAUUUAUGGCUCAGCCCUUUGGUUCACGAUCUCUUUUGCAGCGUAUUUUCUCUUUGACAUUGAACGAGGGUAUCAAGGAUUUCCAGCGAUCAAUUGAUACCUUAGCCGCAAAGGUUGAGGAUACAGUCCUCACCCAGAAACUCAAGAGCUUUGCGGAAGCCGAGGAAGAUGUCAAGAAUGAGAUUCGAGAGGAGGCUGCUACCGAUGAUGUGGAUAUCAUUGUCGCCAUUCUCCGCUCUGAGCUCAUCUCCCCGGAACUUACUCCGGAACAAAUUGGCAAGGUCUUCAAUGGCUAUGUGGCUUGGAACCACGCCGUGGAAAACAUUGACAUAGAAAUGCAGCAAGGCGCACAGUGGUUCGCUCACAUGAAGCAACUCCUGAAGCUUUACACCCGCCAACGCGACAAGGCAAUGAUGCUCAGCAUCGUCGAGGAACCUGUGACACUGCAACUCUUCCGUGACCUGUUUACUAUCUUCUACGAACCACUGGUUCGUGUGUAUAAGUCUGCAAACGUGUACAGCAGCAUUACAGAUUUCGCCCAGUUCGCCGACGAUGCGAUUGGUGUUAUCGAGAGCGCCCAGCGUCAGGAUACAUCGGCUGACCCGAACCAAACGGUGCAGGCCUUUAUUGACCUUUGUGCCCGCCACGAAGCGAACUUCUACAAGUUCAUCCACGAAGUGCAUCAACAUGACAAUGGGUUGUUCCAGAAGUUGAUGGCGUGGAUUGAGGAGAUCCUUGACUUCCUGCGCAAUGGUCCCGCCGGAGGCAAGAUGGACAUCAAUGCUCUGUUCCAGGGAGCAGCUGGCGUUGGCCAAAUUGACAAGACACUCGCCCUUACUGAAAUCAACCAGCUUAUCAAAUGGCAAGAAGAUCGGAAACGUUGGCACUUGAACAAGACUCGUCAAAAGAUGGCUGCUGAAGGUACUUCCGGGGAUGCUAUCCCCGGCGUUACCACCUUCAAGGGCAGCGACUUUGGUCUUGAUGAGGCUGAUCUUGAAGAUCUGACUAUUUCAGAUGAAGCUUCUGACGCUUCUGACGAAGAUAGCAUGGACGAAGACAAGGAUGACCCUAUUGAAGUCGAGCGUCGCCGUCGUAUAAAGAAACAGGACCAACUUCGUCGCACCGCUGGAGAACCUGCCAAACCCGAUGUGACUGAGAUCCUCAAGCUCGCUGAUCCGUUCAACAUUAUGUUGCGACAUGUGCUUGCGGAUUAA